UGUUGGAGAGAAGAGAGAGAGGGACUCUGCAGGCAGACACACACACACACACUCAUACACACACUCACAGAGUCACACACACUAAGGCUUUUCUUACCAGCUCUGCCGUGUCUUUACUAACAGGACAAGUUUAAACCUCCAGGAUAUCACUGUCGGCUCCGCGCUUUUCUCUCGCCCCCAUGUGAACAUCUCGACCUGGAGUGAGAAAGUUUACUGCUGCUGAAAGCAUGAUGAUGACGAUGGUGGGAGGAGGCUACCGCCGAAGGUGCAGCCCUCGCUAGAAUCAUACUUCUCCCCUUCCAACUUCACCCCUCCACGCAUCGCCCACUACUGCCACCCCCUCCUCCCGGCGCCAUGGCCAACCACCUGGAGCUGAUCCAAGAGCUGCAGCAGCUGGAUAAGGUGCCCAGUCUGGAGAGGCUGCGGGCAGCCCAGAAGCGCCGUACCCAGCAGCUGAAGAGAUGGGCCGUAUACGAGAAGGAGAUGCAAAACAAGAAGCGUAAGGCGGACAAGAAGGGACGCAACGCCAACAACCUCCAGCAGUCGGAGUCCAAGAGGCACGUGUCGUUUGCCGCCAGCGUAGCGCUUCUGGAGGCGUCGGCUAGGAAUGACCCAGAUGAAGUACGCUACCUGCUGAAGAACAACGUGGGUCCAGACCUCUGCAACGAAGAUGGUCUCACCGCUCUGCAUCAGUGUUGUAUAGAUAACUAUGAGGAGAUGGUGAAGAUCCUGUUGGACCGAGGAGCCACCGUCAACGCUCAGGACAACGAGCUGUGGACGCCGCUGCACGCUGCUGCUACCUGUGGCCAUGCAGGGCUGGUCAAGAUACUCAUUGCACACGGUGCAGAUCUGCUGGCGGUUAACUCUGAUGGGAACAUGCCCUACGACCUGUGUGAAGACGAUCCAACGCUGGACAUCAUCGAGACGGCUAUGGCCAACAGAGGCAUCACCCAGGAGAUGAUCAACGAGACACGAGCGGCAACGGAGAGGAGGUUGCUGGGAGAUAUUCAGGAACUGCUGAGACAGGGAGAGGAGGUCAACCAUCAGGACUCUCAGGGAGCCACACUGCUCCACAUCACAGCAGCAAAUGGCUACGUGCAGGCUGCAGAGCUGCUGCUGGAGGGGGGAGCUCGCAUGGACUUGAGAGAUUCAGAUGGAUGGCAGCCUCUUCACGCUGCAGCCUGCUGGGGUCAGAUGCAUAUGGCAGAGCUGCUGGUUUCUCAUGGAGCCAGUCUUAAUGCCAAGACUUUCCUCGAGGAGACUCCCAUUGACCUGUGUGAGGAUGAGGAGUUCAGAGCCAUCCUGCUGGACCUGAAACACAAACAUGACAUUAUCAUGAAGUCACAGCUCAAACACAAGACCUCACUGUGCAGGCGAACGUCCAGUGCAGGCAGUCGUGGAAAAGUGGUGCGGCGAGCCAGCCUCUCAGACAGACACAACCUGUGUCGUAAAGAGUAUGAGACGGAGGCCAUCGUGUGGAGGGGAGGGAGGGAGGAGGAGGUGGAGAAAGAGAAGGAGUCCGAUCAGGAGAAUAACCAGGUGGUUAAUGUCAGGCCAGUCGUUGCUGUGGAGCUGCCAGACAAGCCCAAGCUGCCCACCAUCCUCAAAGAUGGCAACAACAAACAGAACGGCCUCAUCUCCACGUCGACGUCCACACCACCGCAACCGCCCUCCAACGGCAACACGUCAUUGUCUGAUAAGGGCGGCGUCAUCACCACCCAGCCCACCCAGGACGAAGCCUGGCCGAGAGAGCGUGCUCAGACUCUGUCGGAGUUGAAGAAACAGAGGGCCGCUGCCAAAUUGUUGAAUCACCCCUUGUUCAACGGUCACCUAGGUAACGGGUCCACAGACUCCUUCACUGAUGCCAAAAGCAACUCAGAAGACCCCCGAAUGCCGCUGGUGUCCUCCAACGGCAACGCAGUUUACUAUACACCAGCCAGUGGCGACCCGCCCCUCCUCAAACUGAAACAGCCAAUAGAGGAAGAGCAGCCGAAGGCGCGGACCUGCUGCUGCGUGUCAUAGCCCAGUAGUCAUGUGACUGUUGAUGGAACAGGAGUGUUUGUGCAUAGAAGAAGGAAGCAAGGAACGUGCAGUUGGAGGGACUUUGAAACUUCUUCCACAGAAGAUGGCCAACCUAAAGACGGUCUAGAAACUUUUCCUUGACUUCUGCUCAAAUUGGAGACACUUUCCCCAAAUGCAGGCAUGUUUUCAGUGCAGCAAAGAAGAAGAAAGGAACUGAACUGUGCCACUUUGUUCCCCAAAAGAUCACUCGGAUUAAAAUUCCUUUUCAUAUAUGGGGUCUCUCUACAAGACAUAACAAAUGGUUAGAAACAAGAAGCAGUUUCUCCGGCUCUGUGCACCUUUUAAGAAUCAAAGUGUGGACAGUUUUUUUUCUAAACUUUUCACCUGGAAAAAUCAGAAUUCAAAAUUUUGAAUCUGGAAAGUAGAUAAGAUCUCAAGGUACUGCAUGUUCUGCCCUCAUAGACGGAUAUGGAAAAGAGCAUUUUAUUUUAUCCUACAAAUGGAUGGUUCUCAUGUAAUCAAACAUUUUCUUCAGGACAAAAUCGCACUGUCAAAACACAUUGUUUUGCUUUUUCGCCAUGUCAUUUUUUAAAUGUGCAGGAAGGCCAUCAUAGAGCGGUCAAGAUGUUUUGUAUUACAUCGUGUUGUACUGCAACAUAUCAGAAACAGCAAAACGUAGCAAAAAAGAGGUCUCUGAAAUCUCUUCUGAAGUAUGCUUCAUUCAUUCAUUGAAAUGCUGCCUGCAUACGUAAAGGGAAGGAAUGCCAUAAAACAGUGUUAAAAUAUUCAGGAAGUGUACUUCUACAAUGAAAGAUAACAGGAGGGGGUAUAGUGCUGCACUAGUGUUUGAAACUAUCUUCUGUCAACUAUACUCCACCUCACCGUCCUUUCAUGUCAAACCUAAACUGACAGGUCACGCUCUGUUUUAUGCAUAAUCCACUUUGUGCUCGCUCGUAUAGAUAAUUUAAGCAAAUGUUGAAAAUAACUGUACAUUUCUUUAUUUAUGAAAUUAAUGUAAUAUGUAAAAAAAAAACAAAAAAACCCCCAAAAAACAUGGUUCCUAAAGUUGAGUGUAUUUAUUUUUUGGAUGGUGUGUGGAGAGUGUGAAUGCAAUAUAAGAUGAGCUGGUGAAUCCUCCAGCAAAGCACCUUCUGAUGUGGAAAUUCAAAUGUUCAGCUGAUAAAGUGAAGCGAAGGGUUACUGUCUGCUUUAUGUACACAUUAUUAAAAACUCAAACAAGCCAUCCUAUUGGGAUGGAUUACAGAAUUGAUUGUGUCACUACAAAUAACAAUGUUAUUUGUUAAUGUUUGGGUUUUUCCUCUGGUGGCCAUUGUGUGGCUUUAUCUUCUCCCCAUCACUUUACUUGUCUCAUUAACAGAAAUUGUAAAUGUUAUGUAAUGAAUUACUGUAAGUAUAGUAUUAGUUUUCUGAAGAUACAUGUGGACUUGAUGCUUGCCUCUUGUUUCUUUUAAAACAUUAAUCCACACAUGGAUUUGAUAUGUAACAAGCCCACAUGAUUAUGUCAGGUGUCCUUUAAUGCAUUGUGGGUUCAAAAUAUAAACUUGCCAGCCCUAAAACAAGUACUAGAAGUUGGUGUGUUUUUUUUUUAACCCAAUAAAAGGAACAGUUAGACAUUUUUAGAAAUGUAGUUAUUUGUUGUUUUUCUGAGUGUUGGACAAGAAGAUCAAUACCACUCAUGUCUGCACUGUAAAUAUAAGUAACACAGGAGCCAGUUAGCUUAGCUUAGCAUUUGAGCUACGCCUACUGGCUUGCAAAUUGUUGUUUUGUUACACUUUGUUACAGAGUGAGAGUGGUAUCGAUUGUCUCAUCUAACUCUUGGCAAGAAAGCGAAUAUUUCCCAAAAUAUUCCUUUAAUCUAAUUACAGUUCCUCUAAUCUCCUCAUGAGUGCCAAAGAGUCUUCCAUAAUUAAAAAAACCUAUGGAGAAAAAAACAAAAUCUAUGCUCCUGAUGGCCAACCCCUUUUAACGUGAUUACCCUCAAUGCCACUACCACUUUAUUCCCCACAGCAUCAACUGUACAGUGUCAAAUAUAUGUACAGAUGAGUUUUGUAAAUAUGUUUGUAUUAGUAGCCCUUUAUCUGUUCCCAUGAACUGCAUUUACAAGUCUGUGUUGUUACUUGUGACAUAAUGCUCAUAAAGGAACAUUUAG